AUGGUCAGCUCCUGUUGUGGCUCCGUCUGCUCUGAGCACAGCUGUGGCCAAGGCAUCUGCCAGGAGACCUGCUACCACCCCAGCUGCUGCCAGACCACCAGCUGCAGGACCACCUGCUGCCACCCCAGCUGCAGUGUGUCCAGCUGCUGCCACCCCAGCUGCUGCCAGUCUGUGUCCUGCCAGCCCACCUGCUGCCGCCCCAGCUGCUGCAUUUCUAGUUGUUGCCGCCCCUCCUGCUGUGGUUUCAGCUGCUGCAGGCCCCAGUGCUGCCAGUCUGAGUGCUGCCAAACUACCUGUUGUCAUCCCAGCUGCUGCCAGCCCACCUGCUGCCGCCCCAGCUACAGUGUGUCCAGCUGCUGCAGGCCCCAGUGCUGCAUCUCCAGCUGCCGCCGCCCCAGCUGCUGCCAAUCUGUGUGCUGCCAGCCCACCUGCAGUCACCCCAGUUGCUGCAUUUCUAGCUGCUGCCGGCCCUCUUGCUGUGGCUCCAGCAGCUGGGGUUCCAGCUGCUGCCGCCCCUCCUGCUGCCUACGCCCAGUCUGUGGCCAGGUCUCCUGCCACACCACUUGCUAUCGCCCCACCUGUGUCAUCUCCACCUGCCCCCAACCCACAUGCUGCACCUCUUCCUGCUGCUGA